AUGAACAGUAGUAAGAGAUUUAUUCCAAAAAAAGAAACAUCAACAUCAACAACAACAACAACAACGACGACAUCAACAGAAAUAACUAAAAAUAUAGAUUUAAAUAAAACCGAAAAAAUUCAAAUUACAUCAGAUAAUGGUAUAACUAAAAUUAUUAAUAAAAAUGGUAUAGGUAAUAAUUUCCCGUUUGAUGGUGACCAAAUUUAUAUAAAAUAUUUUGGAAAAACUAUUGAUGGUACAAUAUUUGAAGAUAAUAGAAAUAAAUCAAGUUAUUCCUUUAUUUUAGGUGGAUUAGGUGAACCGAUUAAAGCAUUCAACUAUGCCAUUAAGUCAAUGAAAAAAGGUGAAAUCUCAACAUUUACAAUUCGUUCAAAGUAUGCAUUUGGUGCUAUCGGUAAUGGUGAUUCUGUACCACCAAAUUCAACAGUAAUCUAUGAAAUUGAAUUAAUAUCUUUCUCAAACAGUAGUGAUAUUUCAAUUGAAAAAGAUGGUUCAAUUAUUAAAAAAAUUUUAAAUAAUUCAACCACCAACACCACCAACACUAACACCAUUGGUACAAUUCCAAAAUAUGAAGCAAAAAUUUCAAUUGAUUUUAAAAUUAAAACUAAAGAAUUGAAUGAAAUUAUUCAAGAUAAAAAGAAUUAUAUAUUUAAAAUUGGAUCAGAUAUAAUGGUAUUAGAUAUUAUCGAAUUCAUUUUAAUGACUAUGCAAAUUGGUGAAUUUUGUCAAGUUGAGGUUGAAUGGUCAACAUUUUUAAAUUCAAUUAAAAAAUGGCCUUUAGAUUCAUUAGAUAAUAAUUUAUCAUAUAUAAAGAAAUUUAAAGAUUUAAUAAAUAGUCAAUCACAAUUACAACAACAACCAAUUAUAAUUGAAAUUAAGUUAAAUGAAAUUAUUGAAUUUGAUAAAGAGAAAUAUCAAUAUAAUUUAAAUGAAUUGGAAUCAAUUGGUUUAAAUAAGAAAGAAGAAGGUACUGAAUUAUUUAAACGAAAAUAUUAUGAAAUGGCAAGAUUGAAAUAUAAAAGGGCAUUGGCAUUCUUUAAUUCAAAUGAUAGUAAUAGUAAACAACAUAUAAUAUCUUGUCUAUCGAAUCAAUCAGUUUGUAACCUUUUAAUGAAACAAUAUAAACAAGUAAUUGAAUUAACUACUCAAGUAUUACAAUUGGAUCCAAAUCAUAUAAAAUCUUUAAAUAGUAGAUCAAAAGCAUUACGUGAAACUGGUAAAUUAAAUUUAGCAUUUUAUGAUAUUCAAAAAGCUUUAAAAAUUGAUUCACAUAAUAAAGAUACUUUAAAUGAAUUAUCAAUUUUAAAUAAAUUAAAAGAAAAUAAAAAUUAA